AUGUUGCAGAGGAACAACCAAGACAACCCGACAACAUACAGAGCCAUCAUUCCCCAGGUGGAUGAGGAGGAGGGGGUGGAGUCUGUUCACCUCCCCUGCAGAGCCACAGGUCACCUGUCUGAAGACGUGACAGUUGAAUGGACCCGUGUUGACAUCUGGAUCACAAAGGUCCACGUGUUUCACAGCGGUUCUGACCAGCUUGAGGAACAGAAUCAAAAGUACAGAUGCAGAACAGAGAUGAAGAAAGACCUGCUGGAAACUGGAGACCUCAGUCUGACCCUGAAAAGUCCGACAGACAGAGACAACAAUUGCUACACCUGCACCGUCUACAGUGGGGAGGGGAACAUCCUGAUGCAGCAGCAGGUGAAGAUCCGGGUCAAAGUCUGUCAGUUGGAGGCGGAGGAGGGGGAGAGGUUUGUCCUGCUGCCCUUCAGAACAACACCUGACCUGCCUGAAGAUGCUCAAGUUAAUUGGUGGAGAUACGAUCCUGAACCCCCGAUGACGGUUCUGAAAUGCCAGAACGGCUGUGAGCAGAAGGACCAGCAGGACCAGUUUUACAGAGGCCGGACAGAGAUUCCCAAUGACCACCUGAAGGCUGGAGACAUCAGUCUGACGCUGAAAUACCCCACAGACAGAGACACGGGCAGAUACAUCUGCAGCGUCACCAGCACGACUGUCUCCAGAAAGAAGACGGUGCUGCUCAAAGUUAUCAACCGACAGAUGGAGGUGGAGGAGGGGGCGGAGUCUGUCCAGCUGCCCUUCAUAACAACAGCCGGUCUCCCCAAAGACACCAGAGUGGAGUGGAUCCGCUAUGAACCUCGACACAUGAAGGUCCACGUGUACCAGAAUGGCUCUGAGCAUCCCGAAGACCAGAACCCGAUUUUCACAGACCGAACAGAGAUGAAUGAAGACCCGCUAGAAUCUGGGGACCUGACUCUGACUCUGAAACAGCCCACAGUCGGAGACUCAGGGACAUACAGAUGUGAAGUUUGCAGCCGAGAGGAAAAGUGCCGCAGAGAGACGACAGUGGUUGUCAGAGUCAGACAGAGAAUUCGGGACCAACCAGACGACCUGGGAAUGGAAGGACUUCCCCUGAUCCAAGUCAGAUGAUGGUGUUCUCGCUGGUUUUAGACUGUAGCGGAUGAGCUGUGAAGACUCCAGCUAAGAGGAAGGGUCAGCAGUCUAGGCAGAAACGUCAAGACCCUCCUCACUCCAUCCACCUCCUCCAGACCUUCCAGAAGCAUAUUGAGAGAUGGAACCUCUUGCAUGUCCAGGAUCUGCCUUAGGGACUCUGGUUAGACAUCCCUGACACUCCUCUUCAUGGGGGUGUCCAGAUGAACCUGUGGAGGAGCAGCGACCGACUCGGGUCUCUCUUGGAUGACUCUCUCCACCCUCAUCUGAUGGAAAAUGCAUGAUUGUUGUAUUUACAUGACUCUAUAUUUAUAGGAAGUAUAUCCAAACAUCCUGUAAGUUUCUCAUCGUCAUCUUGAUCACAUUUGAUAACAAACACAUUAUAGAAGAAGAGAGAGGGCUCUCGUGCUGGUCAGGAGGUGGACGACCAGUGUGAUAACAAUAAAAACUUGCAUAUAGCACCUUUCAAGGAAACCCAAGGUCACGUUACAAUGGUUGUGUAUUAUUCAUUCACUCCUCAUUCAUACUUGGUAUGAUGAACUUCAUGUGUAGCCACAGCUGCAUGAGGCAGCCAACGGCCUGUCCGACCACUGCUGCAACAUUCACACACCAGCGAUGCCUCACUGGAGGCAAGGAGGGGGAUGGGUCUUGCCCAAGGACCCAACAACAGAUGACUCAGUGGGAGCGAGUUUCGAACCAGCAAUCCUUUGGUCAUUGGACGACCGCUCUACCACCUGAGCCACUGCCGCCUCAAGGGGCAAGAGGUGAUGUCACCUCAAACAGGUGAUUUGGUCCAAAAGCAGCUGAAUCUCUGAGGAUCAACAGUGGACCAAAGAUCUUAACUUUGACAGCAAACCUGUGAAAUAAUCAUUGAAAUGUGUGAAAGAACUUUCCUCAGAUAAAAAUGUCAACAGUAAAGAAUAAUGUUGAAUCCAUUUAAUUCUAAAGUGAAA